AUGUCGGCGGCCUGGUCGCAAUGUACGCCGCUGCCACGAAGGGCGGUGCCCGUACCAAUAACACUCCGACGGCGGAGUCCUCCGGGAGCACCAUUGUCCCCGUCUCCUGGCAGUACCGGCAGUGUUGGUGGUAGUGCGAGUGCGAGCAAUGACCAGAAUAUCGACCUGUUAUUUGCCCAUUCGUCUGCCAGGAUUGUUAGCUUUGAUGCUUCCGCUUCGGCGUAUGCUGGUGGGCAAUUGAUUCCUUGGACUAGUGCUACUGAGAGGACUAUUGCGUCUGGUCCUAUCCGGAUAUAUAAGACAAUUCCUCAUAAUAUCGCGUUUUUACAAUCUGGAUCGGCGCUCCGGCCGGUUCUUUCGAAGAGCCAGUGCUGGAAUGUGGACGGACGUGGUGUAUUUUGUUUGCAGAUUCGACCCAGGAGCUACUGGAGGCUUGAGAUUCUCGAAGAUCCGGGUGAGGACGCCAUAAAGGCGAUUGAAUUUAAGGGGGUUUUGAUCACGAUACUUGCUUAUGAGAUCACCACGUGCCCGUUCUUGAGAUCUGGAGGCUGUGUCACGGAAGUCAACGCAGUCAAGACGUUGGAGCCGUCGAGGGUUUGGAGGAGGCCGAGAGCGACGACCCUGGAUAUUGAGGCCGUGAGGGAGGAGGAGCCGGUGGCAGCCGAAGAGCUGCCCAGGGGGGUUGGGGAAGUGAAACUAGCGAAGGUAGAGGACGAACACGUCGAGGCUAUUAUCGGGGAUCAGGAGCAGGAGGGCAGUGGUAACGAGUCGGAUACCACAACGCUGGUUCACGAUGAGAUGGAUCAUAAUAUCUCUUCGAUCGACGUGGGUCCAUGUGAAGAGGCAUUGGAGGGAACUUCCACGGAAUCGAAGGGGCGACAUGACUUCUCUCUACCAUUCAGGAGUCCGAGAGGCAGCAUGUUUCUUAGCCGACUUAGCCGAUCAUGUACGGUGCCUCCUCAACUCACUGAUACAAAUGCAUUCCCCACUAUCAGUCGGCCGUCAUCUCGUUCUUCAACGCCUGAUUCUAACACGCCUAUUAGCCCGAUCGAAUGGCAUACACUGACACCACAAUUACCGGAGGUUCGUAUUUCGAAACGCCGGGAUAGGAAUCUUUCUGCGGUGGGACUUGAUCUUAGUGCAAAUUUGGCCCCUGAACCCGCUCAGAUUUCACCUGCCCUUUCCACUCCAACUCUGUGGUCUGGGUCAGAAUCAGAGGAUAGCUGGUCUGAGAUUGCUACACCACAGCGUCCGUCGUUGUAUCGGAAUACAGACUCUACUAUAGCUCCGCAUUCGCCCGCUCUCUCACGUUCGACUUCGUCUCUUGUGCUGUCCAAGACUGCAGGGUUUGUCGGGGCCGCUGCGGAUCUCGUGGUUGUAAAGCCAUCAUCAUACAUUGCCGGCAUGAUGUUUUCGAUCGCUAACAGGAUUGCCACGAGAGCAGUGUCGGGGGCAGCAUAUACCCUUGCCGAGAGAUACGGUCCAGCAGUUUCCCUAGGUUCAGAAGAGGAGUUCGAUUACGAAGACGACUUUGGUGUCCGCCUUCGGCCCGGAAGGAAAGAUCCUUGGGAUAAGGAUGUAUGGGGGCCUGAGAAUGUUUAGAUGCACCUUCCGUAGGAAGUGGUAACCUUUGUACAAUAUUCUCUUCUUUUUUUCUAGUUCACUUUCUUUUUUCUUAUUGGCUCUCAUUAUUCCUCCAUAGGGGCCACAAUCUGUUAUACUCGAUCCAUGCUUUUUCCUGGUCUCCAUUUAUUCUCUUUUUGGCCUACAUUCUUUUGGGUUUUUUCUUUUCUUUUUCUUUUCUUUCUACUGGGGAAGGUGGAGUUUGCUAUUAUGCAUUUUAGCAUUUUCUCUCUUUAUUCCCACUCUUUAAAAUAUUUCCUAGGUUGGUAGCAACACUUCUGGGUCGUGAUAUUCCGGGGUUGGUUGGUUAUGCAUUGGUUAUUGAGAAGUUUAGGUUUGAUCGCUUGGAGCGUCAUUAGCAAGUCAAAUAAGGAAUCGGUCAUC